GCGCGGAGCCCGCAGCUGGUGGCGCGGCGCCGGCUGCAGGAUCAGGAAGGAGCCGCGGCUUGAGCCCAGGCCGCUCGGGCCGAGGAUGUUUCUGCUGUUCUCCAUACUCCCUCGAGGUGAGCAAUACCUAAGAUGCAAAGGUUGCCUCUGUGUUGCUUCAGUUCUCUGCUGCCUAGGGGUGAGAGUGUUCUGCUGUUAGACGGACUGACUUGUCUCAGCCUGGGCUGCAUUCUCCGUUUCCUCCGCCUGGCCUGCCGCCCAGCUGCUGCUUGCCUGCCGAGGAGCCCGGCUGCCAUGUACGCAGCUCGCUACCACACCUGCAAGCCUCACAUCUGGGCAGCCUAUCCAGAGCAUUUCCCACAUCUCUACCAGGGGAGACGGAAUGGACACAAACCUCAUUACCAUCACCAUCCUACCAAGAAGAAAACCUGGAACUUCAUCCAUGAGAAGAUGAGCUAUGACACUUUCUUCACCAUGAAGCGGCUGAUUGACCGCUCAAGGACUGUAGGAGAGGUGUUGCGCUGGGUGACACAGAACCCUGGUAAGAUCUCCUACAAUCAUUACCCCAUUGCCCUGCAAAAAAUUGGUCAGGUCCUGCAGCAGCUGUCAGCAGGAUCCACCAUGGCAGCGUAUUAUAGCCAGAUGUUGGAGCUGGAAGAUUUCCAAACGCUCUGCCAAUCCAUCGUGAGUGAUUGCUCCAAAUUUGACAACUUCAGCAUCGUGAAUUGUCUGUAUGCUGUCGCUGCUCUGGGUCUUCCUGGUGAUUCCAAGAUUGUUCAGGUCCUGGAGGAGGAAUCCCAAAUCCGGCUCUCACAGUUCAAUCAAAAGGAUAUUUCCAUGGUUUUCAGCAGUGUCAUGAAGCUACAUCCAUCCAUUGAGCACCCAUUAAUUGAAAGCUGUCUCACUGGCCUGGAGAAGAAUAUUGAGAGGGAACGUCACCCCCAGACCUUGUUCCUCUUGCUCUCUUACUACAAACUGAAGGCUCAGGCACUGCAGUCUGAUGGCUACAGCAGCGAACAGCUUCUCAACAACCGUAAGAUCCUCCGAUUGGUCAAGCACACACUGGGACACGUCACCAAUGUAAGAGACCACGAGAUGACCCUCCUGGAUGAGAUGCUGGCUACGUGUGCCCGGGAGACCAGCAACAAGUCACUGGAGCUGAUCUUUAGUUCUCAACUCUUCUAUGAGAACAGGCAGGAAAAGUUCAUCAAUAGCUUGGCAGAGGAACUCCCAAAGAAAGUGGAUAGCAUCACCCCCUACACCAUGGCACUCAUUGCAAAAUAUAUUGCGCGUCAUCGACUUCGUGAGACCAGGCUUCUAGACACGAUCGCAGAUUUCCUCAUCAAAAAGGGUGAAAACCUGGACAGUAAGAUAAUUCAGAAGCUCGUCUUCCCAUUCAGUCGGAUGAACUACAAACCUUCCCAUGAAGCCAAGUUUUUUGCAAAGCUGGAGUCCGUGCUGGAGGUCAAAGCCAUGAACUCACCCCUGGCCACAGUCAAUAUCUUCAUGUCCAUGUUCCAACUGGGACAUUUUCCAGGAUCCAUACUUGACAAAGUCUUCUCUGCCGCUUUCAUCAACAACGUGAUGAACAGUCCGUAUGGAUUGAUUGUUCGCCGAUAUCUGUCCCUACUUGAUGCUGCAGUGGAGCUGGAGCACAGUGAUUACAAGGGACCUCGACUGGAGGACAGAUACAAAGUGAUGAUGUUUGACCGUGUACUGACUGCAGAUGAGGUGAACAGGAAGUACAGUUACAAAGGAUUGGUGGCAGAAGCUUUGAGACAGCUGAUUGGGGAUCAGUGUUACAAACAAGACGAGGUUCUUCCCCCAGGGUAUUAUACAGAUUUCUUGCUGUGGAUAAAUGGUUCUGGCACUGUUCUGCAUAUUAAUGGGACGAUUCACAGUGCUGGCACUUCUUUGUGCCCCUCUGGUUCCAAUUCAAAGCCCACAGAGAACGCAGCUUCCAUCCAUGGUCAACCUGAUAUCCCCUCCCUCACCUCUGAUUUCCAGAAAUUCUCUCCCUUUGGACAUGAUGAGGUGGUGGCGAAAGAGAAGAGAGAUGGUGAUCUUACUGCGGAAGUGGAUUUUCUCACACGGACCCAGCCUGCAGUGAGUAGUGGACGUUCAGGCUCAGCCUCCGUCUUAACCAACUCAACCAUUGAGUACAACACUUAUUAUCCUCCUUCGAACUACUACACUAGCCUGACCAAGGAGCAGUCACUGGAGAGUCAGGACAGCUCUACACUGAGCAGUCCGUCUGACUGUUUGAACCAGGUCCCUAACACCACUGGCUGCUCACCAGUUAUUGGCUCCAGUUCCCUCUUUCAGUUUCCCAUCGAGAAAAUCUUAGAUGAGCAAACCGAAACACCAUCCCAGAACCAAGAGCACAAUCUCUUCAGAACAGAACAGACAACUCCAAAUUUUUACGACAGUCCUCAUUAUCCUGAGAGCCAGAGCAGUGUUGGGCAGGUGGACAUGGCGAACACUGUGCCACUGCCUGUGAACCGAUCAUCACUAAUUGAGAAACAGAGACAUCUGGAGAUGGAGCAAGUGAACAGGAUUGUGAUGUCGGUGAAUGACAAAUGGCAUUACUGCCACAACUCGGAUGUGUUGGUGGGAUCUCGAGCCAUGCGGGAUCGUCACCUGCGACUACUAGGAUAUACCAUUCUGCAGCUGCCUUACCAUGAGCUCGAAAAACUGAACGGGAUCGAGGAAGUUAAACAUUAUUUACGGAAAAGACUCCUGGAUGUGCAGUUAUGACGAUGAAAGAAUUGAUUUUUUUUGUACCCUGCUCCUGUUUCUAUAUAGGUGAAAUGGAACCACCUGACCAUCAGCAGUCAGAAUGCCUGGAAAUUACAACAACAAAACAAUUGGAAUUCCAACAAUGCUGUUCCUCUCUCUUUCUUCACUUCCUCUGUUUUUUCAGAGUGGAGUAAGAGGUUUUCCUGUGUUUUUUUUCUGCUUUAGUGUGUUCAGAUGCUAACUACUGCCACAUGUUUUAUACCACCCUUGAAGAUGACAGGCUUUUUAAAUGAAGAGCCUUGGAGUGUGAAUAAUGUUUUCAUUCAAUUGGGAAUUUGCAGGGAGGUUUCAUUAUUUUAAUCAAUGUUCAUUGGUCCUCUCCUGCUGUGGUUAUCUUUCGUCCCGUCAUCUGCCUCCAAUCACCUUUGCAACCCUUUCUACUGGCAAGAGGAUGUUGGAUAGUCAAAGCACUGGGAAGCAAUUCUGAGUGGCUCUAACAUAGAGGGACCUCCCAGCUUCAGCACUGUUAGCAAUCCUGGUUUCCUGUCUGAGGAGUGGACAAUGCAGAGUCAGGAUACAAACCAACAAAGUUGGAAAAUACUUCAGAUGUUGUGAUACUGGCGCACUGCUCAAAGGAGAUCUAUCUCAACCAGUUCUGAACUCCUUGAGCAGUUCUGUAGGACAUUGUUUUCCAGCUGCUGCCUUUUGUCCUUCCUGGUGGUUUGGUCUUGGAUUGGAAGGUGCUGUUGAAAGAACCUUGGUGAAUUUCUGCUGUGCAUCUUGUAAAUGGUACACACUGCAAUAGCGGAGGAUCAGUGGUGGAGAGAGUGAAUGCUGGAGAUAAUUGAUGAGAUGCUAAUCAAGUGGGUUCUUUGUCCUGGGUUGUAUUGAACUUUUUGAAUGUUCUAGAUUUCCACCUAUCCAGGAAGUCAGUGGAUGCAUUAACACAGAACAAAAACUCCAUAUUUCACAUUUGAUUAAGAGCUAGAAGUUCCAUCCACUUCAGUCAACAGCAGAUCCUUCAGAUACAAAUAAUGUAAAUGUCUUUUUUUUUGAGAACUUGAAACAGUAUGGCGACAUUGGACUAAAUGGGUGAAGAUCUUUAAUAUCCUGUACUAUGAUCAGUGUGGGGCUAAUGACCACGCUGGACAUUGAUAGAGAUGAUGGUAGUUAGGGAUGGGAACUUUGGUGAAGAUGACAGUUGCAAGGCAAGAAGAGUUUGGUGGCUUAUUGCUCAGGAAGAGGAUAAUAGUGGAGAAUGAUACUGAAACCAUACUAUUUGAAUUAGUUGCUAGGGCAGGGGAUUUGGUGACAGUAGUUGCAAUGGGAGGGGGAUUGGUCGCAGUGAUUGCUAGUGGGGUGGGUUGUUCUGUUUGGAGUUAUAGGUGGCAGUGGUUGCAUUGAAAGAAGAUGUUGCCAGUAGUUGCUAUGAAGGGAUUGUUGGUGACACUGUGUUUCUAGUGGUUGCUAGGGGAGAGGUUUUGGUAUCAGUGGUGGUGAGGGGAGAGGGUAUUGAUUGUGGUGGUUGCUAAGGGAGGUGAUGGUGGUUGCUGUGGCAGAGGAUAUUGGUAUCAGUGAUUGUGAGGGGCGAGGGUGUUGGUGAUGGUAGUUGCUAUGGUAACAGUGUUGGUGGUGCUACUUGCUAGGGAAAUAUUGGUUACCUAAAUAUGGUGUUUACUGGAGGCUGUCCUGUGGGAAGGUAGGAGAUAAGGACAGUUGUGAAAUGAUUGGGAUCCAUUCUGCAGUGAGGAACCAGUCUGGAGCUGCCUUCCUCCUGUUGGACUUGUGACAUAAUGCCCCAUAUAGAUCUACUGCCUGGUAAACAUGACCAGGUGAGCUUGCCUGACUUGGAUUACAGUAGUUAACAGAUGCUCAUAUGUUUAUGUGUGGGUUGUAGGUAGUCACUGGAACGCAGAAUGUGAGUGAAUUUUAAUAGCUGGGUUUGGGAAGAGGGCGGUUUGGUGAUGGGCUGGAUUGGGGACAGGGUUGGCAGGGAUGGGGUGGUCUCAGCUAAAUGCAAUGUUUCGGUGAAUUUUUGAGUGGUGGGUUUUUGGGUUUUAAAAGGAUCUUCUGUUUGAAGAUGGCAUGGAUUUAAAAAUUGAAUUAAAUGUGAAUAGAAUGAAAAAGUGGUGAAAUGACAAACCAAGUCCACACCGAGUGUUGAAGUCACAUUUUUAAAUGUAAGAUAUGUGUUUGGAGCAUUACGAAGAAGGGGAUAAGGUUUCAAAUGUGUUUAUCUUAGAACGGAUCCACUGGUGUGCUGGCCUUUCUUUCUAGUUUUAAGUUGUUUGUAUCACCACAACUAAGGAAUGAUCCAGUGUAACCUGCUGGGAUUAAAAAAAAUACACUGGAAUAAACACAAAGAA